CCACUGGCUUCCUGCCAGGGCUUCCUCUGUCCUGCCCCACCCCAGCUUCAGAGGACCCUGGACUGGCUCCGGCCCUGGCACAUGCAGGAUGCUGCCCCUGCUGCUGCUGCCCCUGCUCUGGGCAGGGUCCCUGCAGGAAGAUGCAGGGUACAAGCUCCAGCUGCAGGAGUCGGUGGCAGUGCAGGCUGGGCUGUGUGCCCUGGUGCCCUGCUCCUUCUCCUACCCCUGGAGUGGGUGGAGUCCCCCCAUCAAGCUCUACAUCUACUGGAUCCGGGAAGGGGACAGGACAUACUAUGAUGGUCCUGUGGCCACAAACAACCCAGACGUGGACGUCAGAACAGAACACAGGAAUCGAUUCCAUCUCCCUGGGGACGUCAGGGACAACAACUGCUCUCUGCUCAUCAGAGACGCCAAGAAGAAGGACACAGGAAGCUACUUCCUGAUGGCAGAUAUAGGAUGGAAUACAAGAUAUACUUUCAGAGAUAAGAAGCUGACUCUGCAGGUGACAGCCCUCACAGAGAAGCCCGUCAUCCACUCUCUGGAGCCUCUGGAGUCCGGCCGCCCCACAAGCCUGAGCUGCCGCCUGCCAGGGUCCUGUGAAGGGGGAAGGCCUCUCCAGUUCUCCUGGACAGGGGCGGUCACUAGCUCCAUGGCCCCCGGGGCCCUGCAGUCCCCAGUGCUCAGCCUCACCCCACGGCCCCAGGACCACGACACCAACCUCACCUGUCAGGUGAAACUGCAGGGAUCUGCGGUGACCACGGAGAGCACCGUCCAGCUCAAUGUGUCCUAUGCCCCUCAGAACCUCAGCAUCCGCAUCCUCUUUGGAAACGGCACAGCUUUCCUGGAAGGCCAGGCUGUGGUGCUGUGCUGUGCUGCAGACAGCAACCCUGCGGCCCAGCUGAGCUGGUUCCAGAGGUCCUCCACCCAGAACGUCUCCCAGGUCUCUGACACUGGGCUCCUGGACCUGCCCCGAGUAGGGGCUGCGGAAGGAGAGGCCUUUACCUGCCGAGCUCAGAACGCACUGGGCUCCCACAGUGUCUCUGUGAGGCUCUCCUACCCCCCAAGGCUGCUGGGACCCUCCUGCUCCUGGGAGGCCCAGGCUCUGCUCUGCAGCUGCUCCUCCCGCGCCUGGCCGGCCCCCGCCCUGCACUGGCGGCUGGGGGAGGGGCUGCUGGAGGGGAACAGCAGCAAUGCCUCCCUCGGGGUCACCUCCAGCUCCGCGGGGCCCUGGGCCAACAGCUCCCUGAGCCUCCACGGGGCGCUCAGCUCCGACCUCAGGCUGAGCUGUGAGGCCCAGAACGCCCACGGCACCCAGAGCGCCACCGUCCUGCUGCUGCCAGGAAGGUCCAGGCCAGGGGUGUUGCUCGCAGCCCUUGGAGGUGCUGGUGCAGGGGCCCUGCUCUCUCUCUGUCUCUGCCUCGUCUUCUUUUGCAUAGUGAAGUCCUGCAGAAAGCACAGGCCUGGGAAACCAGAGGUCAUGGAUGACAGGGACCCUGUCAUGGACACCGUCCCCUGGGGUCCCAGGCAGAAGUCCUGUCCCGACAGCUCUGGGGACCAAGCCUGCCCGGCUGGGGGCGCUGUCCCCCCAGGGAAGCAGGAGAUGCACUACGCCACGCUCAGCUUCCGCGGGACCCCGUCGGCAAUGCCUCGGGGGCGCGAGGCCACCAGCAGCACAGACUACUCAGAGAUCAGGACGAGCAAGUGAGGACACCCCAGAGCCCGGCCUGGCGGGAGGAGAGGAGAAGUCAGGACUGACUGCGGACGCAGGAAGCCUCGCCACCCAAAACUGAAAGCGCGGCCCGGGUCGAGCAGAGAGGGCCACUGCGGGAUGGAGAGACUUGGGCUCAAACCGGCCCCAGCGCCUUCUGGGGCAUUAUUAUCAAGAGAGCCACCUCACCUCUGUCCUCAUUUCCCAUCCUGUAAGUCAGAGAAACCGAGACACGGAAGCCACAGCAGAGGUGCGCUGCAGGGCAGCUGCUUCCUCCUUCUCCUGGCAAGUUCCCCUGAGGCUGGGGGACCCGGGCAGGAACUGGCCAGCAACUUGUGGAAGUCCCUCCAGGAGAGGCCAGCUCCCCUGCCCAGCAUCGGGUUCAUGCUGUGACCACCACUGUGCUCUCCAGGUCAUCUCUUCACCCCACCAUGUCCACCAAGGGCUCCAGCAUCUCUCUUCCUCCCCAGUCCCUUCCUCGGUCCCUUGGGGGGGGGGGUCCAGAGGGCCUGUGCACAGCCUAAGAGCUGAGAAUGACUUUCUUCCUGGCCUCAGACAACCUGUCACAGGCCUCUCCUUCCUCUGGUGCUCCGGGCUCUUGAUGGUCUCCCUGCAGCCCUCACCAUUCCCUGGACCCUCCACGCUGGUUCACACCACCCCAGCUUUGCAGCUGCGACCCUCCUCCUGGAGGCCAUGCCCCUGGCUUCCGUCUGGCUUAUGCCUUCCCGCUGUCCAUCCUGCUCUCCAGACGCUGGUCCUUGGUGGAUGGUGGAGAGGGUGGACCGAAGACAGACCACAUACAUGCCCUUCUCGAAACCCAAACUCGUUGGGUUUUUUAAGUGCUAAGACAAAAGCAGUGACGGGUUUUCAAGCAGCACCCAAACGUAAAUAAACAGCAAUGUUGUCUCCUAAACGUUCAAGUGGCCAUGAGGAAAGGAGUGGGCAAGUCCAGUGUGGCACAGAGUAUUGGAUAAAUGCUUCAGUUAGAGACAGAGUCAGCUUGGGUUAAUAUCCCAGCCACCGGAGCUCCUUGGGUCAUGAUGGCGGUGCACAUCAGACCCUUAACCCUGGGACAGCACAGCUCAGGGGCUCAGCACACUACCAUGGAUCCCUCAUUUACCCUGAUAACGGUGGGACUCGCUGGGAGCUGAACCCAGGGCCUUGUGCAGGCUGAGCAAACACUAUUCUACUGAGCAGUAUCCCCAGCCCUGCUUUGUACCACUGUCAAGUUGAAACAUCAUAAGUCAAGUCGUGCAAAGUCAGGGUCAGUCUGUUCAAGGUCUUCACCAUACACACACCUAACGUAAAACACCAGAGAAUGUCAAGGAGCAGAAGGAGACAAAUUGUGCAUUAUGCCAACUCUGAGAAAAAGAAAACUUGUGUAGUCCUUUUUGGUGAUACCAAAUACACAGGGCCACACUGUUAUGUUCUUACAGGAUUCUAAAGCACCCACUCUUAUUUCAGAAUACGUACACAAGGAUGGUGCUUAUAGUCAAAGGCAGAAAAUGAGACGCUCUCAAGUGUCAGUAUAGAGGUCACUCAUGAAGAGGACCUUCUUGUCCUGCUUCUGGGACUGAGAGAUGACCGCACAAUGUGAAUCUUUGUAACAAAAACGUGAAAAUAUAGCAAGAUAGGACAA